GUUUCUCAUCUCCAGUUCAAAUGUUGUUUCGAACUCUCCCCAUCAAAAAGCUUCAUCUCUUCUUCAACAAACCCACUUCCAUAACACCAAUUACUCACCAAUCUCAACUCUUAUCUCCUCAAUUCCAAGCUCUCUUCUCCACUCACAUUGUUGGCGACACUCCCCUUCUUGUUCGUGAUUUCAUACAUUCAGCUUUGUACGAUCCUACGCAUGGCUACUUCUCUCAGAGAUCGAGGUCGGUUGGCGUGCUUGAGACCAGCAUUAAGUUCCAUCAGCUUCAGGGCAGGAAAGCUUAUAUGAAACACUUGGAUAAAAUAUACAAGCAGAGUGAUAUAUCAUGGUUUACUCCAGUAGAGCUUUUCAAGCCUUGGUAUGCCCAUGGGAUUGCUGGAGCUAUAAUGCGUACUGCUAACCUUUCAGUUCCUCUUAAAAUAUAUGAAAUUGGUGGUGGAUCAGGAACUUGUGCAAAGGGCAUAAUGGAUUACUUAAAGUUGAAUGCACCUGAAAGAGUUUACAAUAAUAUGACUUAUAUCUCAGUGGAAAUCAGCCCCUCAUUGGCUGAGAUACAAAAAGAAACUGUUGGACAAGUUCAUAGUCACUCAUCAAAGUUCAGAGUAGAAUGUCGUGAUGCUGCUGAUCGGAGUGGAUGGGGGGAUGUGAUGCAACAACCAUGUUGGGUGAUAAUGCUUGAGGUGCUUGAUAAUCUUCCACAUGAUCUUAUCUAUUCAGAAAAUCAAGUUUCUCCUUGGCUGGAAGUAUGGGUUGAGAAGCAACAUGAUAGGGAAGCACUCUCUGAGUUGUAUAAGCCGCUAAAUGACCCUCUAAUUACACGUUGUAUUGAGAUCAUGGAAUUCGACAAAUCUCAUACUACUCAAAGCAGCAGCUUGCUAACGAACAUCUGGUCUAAAGUCUUUCCAAAACCUCGAAGAUGUUGGCUUCCAACUGGUUGUUUGAAACUACUUGAUGUUCUACAUGAGGCUGUACCAAAGAUGUCUUUAAUUGCUUCAGACUUUAGUUUCCUGCCUGAUGUGAAGGUACCUGGUGAAAGAGCUCCACUGGUUUCAACCAAGAAAGAUGGUCGCAGCAAAGAUUAUAGCAAUUACCUGGAUGCAAAGGGUGAUGCUGAUAUCUUUUUCCCCACAGAUUUUUGGCUUUUGGAACGCAUUGAUCACUAUUGCUCCGGGUGGCUGAAAAUGCAGAAAGAUAAAUCAUCUAAACAAGGGAAGAAGAGGCGAACAAUUACACUCGAUACAUGUUCAUUCAUGGAAGAGUUCGGGUUGCCUGCAAAGACAAGAACGAAGGAUGGAUACAACCCCCUUCUGGAUGACUUCAAGAAUACUAAAUUCUAUCUUAGUGUUCCAACACAUAAUACCAAAUAGACAGCAACAAAUUCUAAAUUCCUGGAAUGCUGAGGAUAUUCUAUUUCCGAGGUAAUUGAGCACAUCUAUAGACUCUGAGGUAGCCUGCAUAUAAUCAUCAUCAUUAAAACAGAAAUGAGAUUACAAAUCAAAAGUUUUGGAAGCAUCAAAGCAGUGAUAUAUGGUCUCUGUAAUGCAGUCUCUCUGCUACAAAGUCAUGCGCAGUAGAGUAAUAAUGGAUUUUAUUUGAAGUCCACAGAGGCAAUGAAUAACUGGGAAAUCAGACAUAGCAUUGCUGCGAGGCACCUGCUGAGAAGAGACUCUAAUAUAGAUACCAGGCAAGAUAUUGUGUACUCCAACAAAGAGUUACAUUUUUUAUAAAAUCUUAUGAUGGGCACAUGAAAAGGAAGUGUUUCUCUCUUUGUUUUACCAUUUUUGGCGUAAAGAGUAAUGGGAACUGAAAUAAGUGAACAUGGUGAUGUGAAUAACUGAA